GUGGGAUGAGCGGGGAGAGCGGCGGGAUGGCCCCUUAGAGGGACUACAUCUCCCAGGGGUGCUUGCGGCAGCGCGGCCCCGGCGCGGCGCGCCCGGCGCGGGGCACGCUGGGACGGGGGCUCCAAAAUGGACAACCACAGGGAUGCGCCAGGGAAGGCGAGCCGGUGGUUCGGUGUGUCCCAAUCCAAGUCUGCCAAGACGAGCGUGAACCUGCUGCAGCAGGAGGAGCUGAUUGCGCAGAAGAAGCGGGAGAUCGAGGCACGGCUGGAGCAGCAGGCGCGGCAGAAUUCCCUCAGCAUCCCGCAGCUCCCGCUGCUCGGAGACGAUGAUGGCUCCGAGAACGAGGCCUCUGUGUCCAACAAGUUUGUGAAUGAUGGGAGCUUCCUGCAGCAAUUCCUGAAGCUCCAGAGGGAAAAAUCCAAUGCUGAAACUGCCCCAAAUCCUCCCAACAGCUCCGGGAAUGCCCCAGCCCCAAACCCCGGGAAGAAGCCGGCGCUGCUGGGGAAGCGGCCGGGGCAGGCCCUGAGCCGGAUGCUCCAGGCCCGGAGCCUCUCCCAUCCCAAACCCAGCCCUGUCCUGAGCCGCCUCAGCGUCUUCCAGGGCCCGGACGAGGAGGAGGAGGAGGAUUACGAGCAGUGGUUGGAAAUCAAAGUUUUGCCCCCAGAGGACGCGGACACGCGGCAGGUGGUGGAAAAGCUGGCCAGGUUCGUGGCUGAGGGCGGCCCCGAGCUCGAGAAGGUGGCCAUGGAGGACUACAAGGACAACCCUGCUUUCUCGUUUUUGCAUGAUAAGAACAGCAGGGAAUUCCUUUACUACAGAAAGAAAGUGGCAGAAAUAAGGAAAGAAAAUCAAAAUUCCCAGGCAGCCUCUUCCCAAAAAGUUUCCCCCCCAGCCGACCAGGAGAUGCGGGACUCGGCCGAGAAGCUGGCGCGGUUCGUGGCUGCGGGCGGGCCCGAGGUGGAGGCCAUCGCCCUGCAGAACAACAGGGAGAACCCUGCCUUCAGGUUCCUGUACGAGCCCCACAGCAAAGGGCACCGCUACUACCGCCAGAAGCUGGAGGAGUUCCGCAGGGCCCGGGCUGCCCCCGGGGGCGCCCCCUUUCCCGGGAACCCCCCCUUUCCCGGGAACCCCCCCUUUCCCGGGAAUCCCCCUUUCCCAGGGGGCUCCCCUUUCCCGGGAGAGCCCGGCCUCAAACGGAAAAGCAGCCCCGAGGCUCCUCCCUUCCCUGCUCUGCCUCUCCCCGUUCCCCUCCCGGCGCCGCUGCCUCUCCCGGUUCCCUCUCCCGUGGUUCCCGCUGCUCUCCCGGUGCCCUCGGCCUCUCCCUCGCCAUCCUCAUCCUCCGCCUCCCCUGCGGAUCAUCCCGGAAUCCCAAAUCCCGCCCUAAUCCCAAAUCCAGCCCCAAUCCCAAACCCAGCCCCGGCCCCAAACCCCGCCGUGCCCCCGAGCCCGGCCCCGGGCAGCACCAAGAAGAAGAGGAAGAGCCGGUGGGGGCCGGAGGAGGAGAAGGUGGAGCUGCCCCUGCCGCAGCUGGUGCAGCAGCUGGACUCGCCCUCGCCCCUCUCAGUUCAGGACCUGAAGGGUCUGGGGUACGAGAAGGGCAAACCCGUGGGGCUGGUGGGGGUCACGGAGCUCUCCGAGGCCCAGAAGAAGCAGCUGAAGGAGCAGCAGGAGAUGCAGCAGAUGUACGACAUGAUCAUGCAGCACAAGCGCGCCAUGCAGGAGAUGCAGCUGCUGUGGGAGCGGGCGCUGCAGCAGCACCAGCACGGCUACGACAGCGACGAGGAGGUGGACAGCGAGCUGGGCACGUGGGAGCACCGCCUGCGCCGCAUGGAGAUGGACAAGACCCGCGAGUGGGCGGAGCAGCUGACGCAGAUGGGCCGGGGCAAACAUUUCAUCGGGGAUUUCCUCCCUCCGGACGAGCUCGAGAAGUUCAUGGAGACCUUCAAGGCCCUCAAGGAGGGCCGGGAGCCGGAUUAUUCCGAGUACAAGGAGUUCAAGCUGACGGUGGAGAACAUCGGAUACCAAAUGCUGAUGAAAAUGGGCUGGAAGGAGGGAGAGGGGCUGGGAUCCGACGGGCAGGGCAUCAAAAACCCCGUCAGCAAGGGCACCACGGCGCUGGACGGGGCCGGCUUCGGCAUCGAGCGCCCGGCGGAGCUCACCAAGGAGGACGACGAGUACGAGGCCUUCCGCAAGCGCAUGAUGCUGGCGUACAGAUUCCGGCCCAAUCCGCUGAACAACCCACGGCGACCUUACUACUGAGGAGAGCUUUUCCCAACAGAAUUCCUGGGAAUUCUUAUCCCAAACUUCAUUAUCCAUCUCUUUUUUCCCCCGAUAUUAUCCGGCUUUUUUGGAAUCUCAGCCCCUCCCUCCCCCAUGGAAAAGCUUUCCCAGCUUUU